AUAACCUCAGCACUAAUGGCGCUCAAUGAUUACAUGAUCCUCUUUUUCUCCUGUCAUGGACUCAAGAUCUAUGGAGCCUGGUUGGAUAAACAUCACAACAUAGACCUUUGGCUUAUCAGAAUAUUGUCUUCUUUCAUUGUAUUGAAUCAGGUGCAAAAUGGAAUGGCAGUGUAUGCAACAUGGGGGACCCUCUUCACUCUACUGAACCUGACGAUAUACUUACAGUAUCAGACAGGAACAUCUAGAUGUGACUGCGCGAUGCUGUCAAUGCUGCUGCUUCUGAUGAAGCUGUUAGUCUGGUUUCUGUUAGAGAACUUCUAUUUUGACAAGCAUGUGCGUUAUAUUGUGACCAUAUACCCUGUGGUGAUCCUGUGGUUGACAGGCACCCUGAGCAACUCUGGCUCUCCUGAGAGUCACAUUUACAUCUUUGCAGCUGUUGUCCUGGCUAUCUCCUGCAUCAUGUUUGUGGCACGCAUUGCCCUGGUCACAUGGAAGCACUACAAACAACCACUUUACAAAGACAGUGGACCCAGUAUGUCACCAAUAGAAAUUGCCUUGACACAAAGGAAGCUCUUUCUGUGAAUUAGUGUGUGAUGUUGUAUUUUCAGUAUUUUUCUGGAUGGCAAUGUCAGUUGAUUUUAAAUUUACAAUGGUUAUACUACAAUAAAUACUACAAAUAAUGUGUAAAUACUAAUAACAUGCAUUUCUCCUCACAUUAAAAUUCAGUGCACAUUUUUUUUUAAAAGAAAUGA